UCCCAGGCACAAACCGCACGCCUCGCAGCCAUUACCGUAGUCUUAAGAAUCGAGAGCUGGCAGCCACGGCGAGCAUUCUCUCUUUAUAGGAUUUAAUCCUCCUUCCCACUUUAGGGACUACUUUUUAGGAACAAACCAUUUUUGCCUUAGUUGACAAAUGUUUCUAACAGUCGGAACCCUUCCGCUGAGGAUAGAAUGCGAUAACAGUCUUUAAGACGCACCUUUUCAUAAAAAUAUUCUGUGCGGGCCCCCGCAGGCCACCGAAUCUUCUAAUAUUCUUGGAGCAGAAUGGUAUGACCCGAGACCCGCCCCAUCUCCUUGGCGAUUGGCAGCCCUUCCCGGGCGAGACGUGUUACUCCUAGCCAAUGGCCGCUCACGUUUCUUCUGCGAGGGCCAAGCGGUGGGCCGAGGCGGCCAAGGAGACGCCCCCCACGCCUUCUGGGAUUGGCUACGUCGCACGGCGCGCGAGGACGGCGGUCCCGAAGGAUGGGAACUACGACUCCCGGCUUCCCGCAACGCAGGCGCCAUUUCGCAUGCGCGUAGGCGGGGCGACCCAGCUGCUAUAUAAAAAGGGCGCAGAGGGCUGGGAGACAGCAGUUGGAAGUUGGCAGGUGGAGAGGCAGGAUUCAGAGCCAACAUUUCGCAAACUUCGAGAAGAGGACUCCACUAGCCAUGGCCGAGCCCCUCUUGUCCGAGUACCAACACCAGCCUCCAACUAGCAACUGUACAGGUGCUGCCGUGGUCCGCGAAGAGCAGAAGCCCGAGCGGCCCCCGGGCGCGGAGGAGCGGGUGCCCGAGGAGGACAGUAGGUGGCAAUCGAGAGCGGCCCCCCAGCCGGGCGGCCCUCCGGGGCCGGAGGGGGAAGGGAGCCCGCAGCCUCAGGCCUGCCUUGAACCCGGCGAGAAGAGCCAGAACGGGGGCGACCUGUCCGCGGCGGGGGAGCCGCGGGCCGAGGCGUGUCAGGACUCCGAGCCCAACAAGUUGGAGGCCCCUGCCGCAGGGGCCAAGGAGGCGUGGGGACAGCAGCAGCGACAUCUGGGCAAGAAGAAGCACAGGAGACGCCCCUCCAAGAAGAAGCGGCACUGGAAGCCGUACUACAAGCUGACCUGGGAGGAGAAGAAGAAGUUCGACGAGAAGCAGAGCCUGCGGGCCUCGAGGCUCCGAGCCGAGAUGUUCGCCAAGGGCCAGCCGGUCGCGCCGUACAACACCACGCAGUUCCUUAUGGAUGACCACGACCAGGAGGAACCGGACCUCAAAACCGGCCUCUACCCUAAGCGGGCCGCCGCCAAGUCCGACGACACCAGCGACGAGGACUUUAUGGACGAGGCGGGCGAGGAGGACGGGGGCAGCGACGGCAUGGGGGGGGACGGCAGCGAGUUUCUGCAGCGGGACUUCUCGGAGACGUACGAGCGCUACCACGCCGAGAGCCUGCAGAACAUGAGCAAGCAGGAGCUCAUCAAGGAGUACCUGGAGCUGGAGAAGUGCCUCUCGCGCAUGGAGGACGAGAACAACCGGCUGCGGCUGGAGAGCAAGCGGCCGGGCGACGACGCGCGCGUGCGGGAGCUGGAGCUGGAGCUGGACCGGCUGCGCGCCGAGAACCUCCAGCUGCUGACCGAGAACGAACUGCACCGGCAGGAGCGCGCGCCGCUGUCCAAGUUCGGAGACUAGGCCGAAACUUCCGGGGAGGGGGCAGAGGGGACUUUUUACAGUGAUGGAAUGUAACAUUAUAUACAUGUGUAUAUAAGACAGUGGACCUUUUUAUGACAUAAUCAGAAGAGAAAAUCCCCCGGCUUUGGUUGGUUUGGUAAAUUUAGCUAUGAUGUAGCUUGCGUGCUUUCUCUGUUCUUUAAUUAUGUGAAACUGAAGGGUUGCUUUUCUUGUUUCCUUUAUAGAAGUUUUUUUUUUUUAAUGUGUAAGUAAUUUGACCAAGGUAUAAUGCGUCUUUCUGUUUAAAAAAAAAAUCCCCUCCUUAAAUGGAGCUAUAAGGUGGCCAAAUCUGAGAAUUGAUUACUUCACUCUAGUUAUAAUAAAUUUAAUAUUUGUAAAUGUAA